AUGUCUGCAAGUGAAGCACAUGCCCCAGUAUUAUCGACGCACCAAGACGAAUCGACAUUCACGUACGCUAAAGUAAAAAAAGGUGAGGUUUCUAGAAAAUUGCCGGUUUUGCAAGGAGAAGAAUACCUUGAUGUUGUCAAAUCGUACUACUCUGUAAACGAACUAGCCAAAUUUUUGGCACAAAAAGAUGAUUCGGGCAAUAGAAAGUAUAGAAGAGUAACGCUUCAAUUUCCAGACUCUUUAAUUUGCGACUCUGCCGCAAUCGUUACUGAACUUCAGAAGCAACUUGGACUUGAUGUUGAUGCCACCAAUCCUGAAUUAAAGCCGGAAAUUGAACAGGCAAGCUCAGUUUGUUGUCAGAACGAUGGCUCGCUAAAUUAUUGCUCGAAAUCUGAGUCAAAUGGAAGCUCUUGUUGCACUCUGAGAACCACCAAGAACCCAGAUUCUGCAGAACGUCAAAGACUCUGGAUUUUGGCUGACACAUCCUAUUCGUCGUGCUGCGUGGACGAAGUUGCUGCAGAGCAUGUAAAGUCUGAUUUCGUCGUGCAUUUUGGAGAUGCCUGUCUCAAUCCGGUCUCCUCCCUACCUACCGCAUAUGUCUUCGGAAUGCCUCAAAUUGAUACACAACUGCUAGUUAGUGCCUUCAAGGAAAGGUAUCCUCUUGCAGAUUACUGUAAUUCUGUAAUCGUGCUCAUGGCAGAUGCCCCUCAUACUCAUCAUUUGCAAGGCCUCAAAGACGAAUUAACAGAAUACAAAAUUGUUGUUGCCGACCUCGUGGCAGGAGAAAAUAUGCAUUUCUUGGGUUACACCCCUACUUUAGACAAAGUAUCCUUGAACACUCUUAAUCGAGUAUUUGUCGGUGUAGAACUGGGCGACGAUUCUGUGCUCGCCGAGUAUGACUUGUUCCACAUCACAACCCCCGAUGCACCACGUCUUCUCCAAUUGAGCACGAAGUUUCAGUCGGUUAGUACGUGUCGGGAUGGUUUCGUAUCCCAAGGCCCAUUUCCUAAUCUCAUGCGCCGCUAUAGAUAUAUGCACAUGGCCAGGGCUGCGGGAACGGUGGGUAUUCUCGUGAACACGCUCUCUUUGUCGAACACAAAGACUCUCAUUCAAAAAAUCGGUGAGCGGAUCAAAGCGGCUGGGAAACGACACUACGUUUUUGUUGUCGGAAAGCCCAAUGUGGCCAAACUUGCCAAUUUUGAUGCUGUGGAUCUCUGGUGCGUGUUGGGAUGUGACCAUCAAGGCAUCAUAUUGGAUGAGUACAAUGAAUAUUUCAAACCUAUUGUCACCCCAUAUGAACUUCUUCUAGCCAUUGGUGAUGAAUUCCAAUGGACCGGCAAAUGGGUGACAGAGUUUGAGAAAGUUCUUGAGGAUAUGCGCAUAGAAGAAGAGGAAAAUAAGCCGGAGGAGAAGCAGGAAACUGACGCCCAAGAGAGUGAUGAGGAGCCAGAGUUUGAUCCGGUUACUGGUAGGUACGUUAGCUCAGCAAGGCCAUUGAGAAGAUUGCAGCAUUUGCAAAUCUCUCAUGAGGCUGAGGGAAAUGACCAGGAAGAACCCCAGGCGGGUGGAGCUUUGGUUAAAAAACUCGGUGGCACCGUUAUUUUGCGGGAUACUGUUUCUACAGCCGCUGUACACUUACAGAAUAGGGAAUGGAAGGGUUUGGGAAGUGACUGGACUGAUCAAGAUAGCACGGAAGCGGCUCUUGUUGAAGAGGGAACCAGUGGUAUUGCCCGUGGGUACCAAUUUGAUAAUGAGGAUGCAUUUAAGAACCAGACAUAG